CAAUUCGUUGCCUUAGCAACAGUUUCUUGGGAAAUUCGAUUGUCGAUGCUCCAACAUCCUUUUCGCUUCUUUGCAUCGCUUACUACAGUGCGAUUUCGUUCUACGAAUGCUGCUGAGUAGCGUCAGCAGUGUUCUCAUCUUACCUAGCAUUUGUACAACUGGAUCGCCUAGACCCGAUACAAAAUCAGGAGCCGCGCUGAUGAAUGAUGGAAUGAAAGAGAUACAGUGAGAUGGAAGAACAUAUCCGUGAGCUACAUCCAUAACUCCCCACCAAAGCAGAACAUACUACGAUUGCAAGAAAAUGAAGAAGAAGAUUGUUCAAACAAUGAAAUGUCCCGUAUGUAUCUGUGUCGCGUUUGUGUGAGCAAACCGAUCCCCACCUCGAGGUCUUGGAGUGUUAAAGUUUUGUCAACUGUUCUGGCCUGUGACAACCAACCGAGCCAGAUUCUGUACUACACUCACCGACAAUCGAUGCGCUGAAUUUAGUCGACAAUCGGCAUUUCAAACGUAAGGAGAUACUCUGACCUAUCUGUAGACCAAAAUCAUGACGCGUCGUUCCCUGCUGUGGUUUGCCGCGGUACUGGCAGCACUUGUAAUCAACCUGCAUUAUGCAUCCGCACAACUGGACAGCACGAUCGUCAACAGGCGUACCUCCAUUAACUCCACAUUGUCAUCCUUCUCGAGCAACGUCGUGAACAAGGUGAAUGAAUACGGGAGCAAGUUUACCAGCUUGCGCAACGACAUGUCCUUUCAGCUGAAGUCGGCCUCGGAUACACUAACCAGCUUCCUCUCGGACAAGCAAAUCGGUGACAAUGCCCUGCUCGCCUCGGAUGUACUCUCCGCCUCGAGCACCACCCUGAGCGCCAGUGUGUCGGCAUCGAUUACCGUGUCUGGGUCCUUCUCCACGGUAGGCAGUUGUUUGAACACCAAAACGCAGGCAUCGGUUAGCGCGACAUUCAGUGCGUUCACAUCGGCUCAGACUUCGUACUUUAACAUCAUAACCUCCUCCUCGUCAUCGUAUGUGGCCACCUGCCGCUCUAGAUUCUCCAACAUGGCCAACGAUCUGGUCAAUCAGUGCGCCGAUCGCGUCCAGGAUUGCCUGAACGACGAGAACAAUGAGCUGAGCCGUGUGAACUCGAUCCUGAACAACUUCAUGACGCUUAUGAGGCAACACUAUCAAGCAUUAACCAACCAUAUCCGCUACUGCAGCAGCCUCGGUUCGACUUCUUCGCGCACCGAAGUAAAGGCGGAAAUUAACGCCUGUCUGAAAGGAAUCUCGACCUACGUCGGCCCACUUUACAAGGCAACGAUAGAACAGCAGUUCCAGCUGGUCAACGCCAUGCUGCAGCUGGAAGUGGUGGCAUCGAACGAUCGGGUUAAAGCUUGCAUGAACCAGGUCAACAAGACCUACACCGCAAUGGCGGAAGCGAUCGUACCUGCGCUUAAUCAGUGUCUUCAGAACGGUCAGUAGAAGAUCAGCACAGAUCACAGUAUCCGGGCGGAAUGUUUUCUUUGUUUUAUGUAAAGAAAUCGUACAAAUCUUAAAAGUAUCUCGAUUUGUUGUUGUAUGUUUUACGCAAUGAAAGAACUACGUCUCCUCCUGGUGUUGAGUAAUUGGAAAGCAUUAGCUGUGUAUUUAGGGUGAAGAAUUCUCACAAAAUCUAGUCCUAUAGUAGAAAUGCAGGCCCAUAAAUCUCUCCAAGGCCAGGACAUACUUCGCAAUAGGUAUGCAAUUCAUGGAACUUCAAAGUAUUUACAUUUAAUGCUCUCCCGAAAAUCUUCCAUCAUGUCUUGUUCUUCUUAUCAUUCAUAAUAAUUGUUUCUAAACGUCGUUUGCAUCGUGUACAAAAUAUUCGUACAAGUUUGAUCAAGUGAUUUUGCUGCGAUCGACUGUUUAUCUUCAGAGCGACCUUGGUUUUGUUUUUGCAAUGUUCUAAAAUCAACCGAACGGUGUGUGAUUUGUUUAAAAAAUAAACACUUAAGGACAUUGACAAAUUGAGGUUACGUUUUUUUAGGAUAAAAACGAAA